AUGGCAGCGCUCCCGGAGAACUGGGAGUGGGACUACGAUGGCCAGCGAUGGUUCUACCGCUACAAGCCCACCGGCCUCAUACAGUACACCUUUCCCAAGCCAGGCGACGAAUUCCCCGAAUUUGUCGGCGACGGCCCUGCGCGAGUCGACCUUGCCCCCGAAGAAAAGCUGGUUAGCCAAAAGCAGCUGAGAAGGAGAAGCACACUGGGCGAGUCGUCGUCGAACUCGGCUGCUGUAACCACACAAAAGCAGACCUCGGUCACCCAGCGCAUUGACGAACAGGAUGAGGGUGCUGACCAGUUCUGGCUCCAACCUGAUGGCCUCAUGUACAUGGGACCUGGCGCAUACACUGAUAUUAGCCCGUUGCAGGAAAAUGAGGAGGAAGAGGAGGCGAGUCUGGGACCUAGCAAGGCUAGCGAGAACACAGAUGUAGCAAGAACCGACACUGAAGCGUCUACCAUCGCCGCUGCGGGAGGAUCUCCCAAACAGGACACCAGCCAGCCGACAAAGCCACACGCACCCCCAAUAGUGAGCGCAGAGACCACUCCUCUUGUCACCAACAGCCAGCCAGCCGUCACAUCCCCCGAGACAAGCAGCGUGAUAGCCGUCGAAACCAUCGAGAUAGCGCCGGUCGACAGCACAGCGGCACCAUCACCCACCGUACCGCUUCUCGACAGCCGCGAGGUCGAAGUGCCGCGUGACCCGCUUGGCUUCGUCGCUGAACUUCCAAGCGAGUUGACAGCCCGGUGUCACGAAGAAAUCCAUCCGACUCCCGUCGAGUUGCCUGGCCAUGAAAUUAUGGUUGACGUCCCAACGCCUGCAGUCUAUGCAAACGCUUUCAGUUUGGACCCCGUCGAGCUGCCUUCUGACAGCGUCACUGCAACGCAGGCUCUUGCAAAAGAGACCGAGCGGCCAGGGACUAACCGAGGAACUCAAGACCCUCUGCAUCGUCCAAACCGACCUCUUCGACAAAACUCCCUACCACAACCUCCAAGCGGUCAGAUGCCAGGAAAGUAUCAACCUUACAAUCCGGCGAGGCAUUGGGCGGGGUCAGAGCACAAGCCAACUUUGACCUCUAACGGCCAGUAUGCUAUUGCUGCGAUUCGAGAUUCUGAACUGGCUGGCGGAAGCAAGAGACACUCACUGGCGGGGCCGGCUCCGAUGCAUCAUCAAUCAGAAAUUCCUGCCUCUCUUCGACCCCCACAAGUGCCUCCAAAGGUGCCUUUGGGCGGCGUCAGCAAUGACAGUUGGGCGACAGCUUCUGUCAAUAGAACACGUCAUGAAAGCCUAUCCGGCACCGUCAAAGCAGCCGAUUCUGGAGAACUCGGGAAAUUUCCUUCUGUUCUUAAGCCUGCCCGUGGACGGCCCGUCCUAGCUCGACCAUCGCCUCCCCAAAGCCGCCCAGAUAGCCCAAAAAAGGACUAUCAAGCCUAUAGACCUUACCGGGAUCUCCAGAAGGAUAUUGAAGACACGGUUCAGCUGCUAUCCAAGACUAGCUACGCCCGAGGGACUACGACACCGCCGGAGACAUCGAAUUCCUCCAAACCCCAAACUACCAGAACCGGUGCCUUGCCGUCUUAUCUUCCCACAGUACCCUACAUGGGCGACAAUGAAGGCUCACAGUUAGCCUUCUCUGGGCCGAGCGCGUCCUCGUCCUCGCAGCAUCCGCGGGUCCCCAUAGCCUCUUGUCAGAGCCACGACAACAGUAAUCCACCUGGACGAGAGGCAAGUACACCAGCUUUUCAGGAGUACUCUACCCCUCUCCCGCCUUCGAGUCCAGACUUGCCGCAGCCUCUGAAACUUUCUCGUAAAUCACCUGAGCCCGCAAAUCGGAAUAGUGUACCAACCGUCAAUGCUUCUCUUAGGCCCUCAAUCGCGACCGAACAGCCGGAGCCUGUCUCCCAAGAACCCGCGCCAGCCCUGUCCGACACUAUGAGAGUUACCGUCCUGGGAAAGGCCAAUCCGGCUACUGAAGCAGAUCCCGAACAUGAAAGUUCGGAUCUCAAUGCUCAACUCAGCGCGUGUGAUCAGGCAGCGCCGACAGUCCAACCCGACCAACGAAUCAUCUCAGGAAAUUCUCAACUCGAGCUCCAUGAGAUACAGGCAUCGGAACCUGUCUCUACUGAAUCAGUCACGUCCCCCGGGCAGUCGCAGCCUGCCGUAGCGAGGUUUGAACAAGCAGAAUCGAGCGAACCCUGCGUCGUACUAGAACCCACAAUUUCGUCAGCCUCCCCCCCUGCUCGAGCACCUAUCGACUCAGGGGUUAACAAUAAGCCAACGCUGACGAGUUCUUUUGCGGUGGAGAGCAUUGACGUCGCCCCCGCAUCGACAGGCACUUCUAAGGAUUACAGAGAGCCUCAAAAAGCGGACGCGUCACUUGAUCCUCGGAACGAAAUGCCCUCGGAGACUUCAGUGGAUGCGGGUCAGGGGACAAGUAGUAACCAAGUGCCAGUACCUACGCCUUCCGGGUUUGUCCCAGAAGAAUUUCCCAAGCCUGGUACCCCACAACCCGGUGUUGCAGUCCCUGCCGUGACUAUCCAACUUUCCUCACCACAGGUUACCCUUGAUCUCCCGCCGGUAGAAACGCAAGGAUCGCAAGACUAUACGCAACCCAUGCGAAGGGAAAGUGUGACCCUAUGUACCAGUCAUGCCCCCCAACCCGACACCUCGAAUCCACCGUCUUCAAAGCCUGCAGCUCCCGAAACUUUGACACGCCCGCCUUUAUUGAGCAGCCAACAACUCGCCGCACAACAGGCCGUGACGCCACCACCACCACAGCCCAGCCUUACCCCUCUCCCUCGAACUCCCAGCCCACUAUCACGUACUUCAUCCCCGCCGGCUCAUGGUUCAAUUUCAGGGGCAAUAUCACGGAAUCCCUCCGUAGCUGCGGCUAGUUCCGCGCCAAAUCCAAGGCCAGAGAGCGGGGCUUCACCGAAUCAAGAUCCCAGUAAUCCUUCGGUCACAAGGCCGGGACCCUCUCCUUCUCAAUUGCCAACUUCCAACUUGCCAAUGACGAGCCGGAGUCAGGCCCCAGUGCAAACGAUUCCAGACGGCCAUCAUCCUCUUGGCUCUCAUCACGUCAAUGUCUCACCGCCAUCGCCCCCGAAAUUGACCAGACCUGAUCACCAAGGCCCCGAUAAGCCCGGCGUUGGCCAUUGGCAACCUUGGUAUUCCACUAGAGAUUCUGCAGCGGCUGGAACAGCGAAUCAGCAGCAACAUCCAGCUUUGGGAAUCCCGACUCACUCACAGCACCCGCCCUUAUCUGGGCCGCCGCCCUCCUUUGCCCAGCAGACACCUACGUCGUCUCCUGGUUCAGUGGCUAAUCUAGGGCCCACCGGCCAGCCAUCCGCUCCGCAACCGUUGCCGGUCAACGUUCCGGUCCAGACCUCUAUGCACUCGGCAGGCCAGGUGCCGCCAAUGCCAAUGGCUCCGGGCCAGGGGCCGAUCAUGGCUAAUGUUCCAAAUUCUGUACCUCCAGGUGCGCCUCACAGGUCGUUUUCGGUGGCUUCUCCCCCAUCGGCAUCUUCCCAUGCAAUCAGGGUGUCUGGAACGGCACCUCCGCAAAGGCCGGUCGUGUUUGCACCGCCAGGGUUGCCUCAAGCGAUGCCAGCAGCUCAAGCUGUACAACUUGGGAUACCUUCUCGGCAGACAUUCCCAGGGCAGCCCGGCAUGUUGGCACCACAAGCAAGCAUGCCACCACAUCUGCCGACGCCCCCACAGAUGAUGCAGCCAAACCAAGGGAUGGGCGCACCGCAUGCAAUACAAAUGCAGCUUCCUCAAUCUGUUUCCCCGGUAAAGGAGGAAAAGGGCUGGUUUGGCAGGCUUUGGAGGAGUGACACCGUCAAGAGGUCGAACUCAGCUGCCGGGAAUAAGCUUCAGAAGCAAGGAGCCCGUCCUAUGCCACAACAAUCCUAUUCGCAAGGCCAGGCGGAUCCGGGCAUGCAGUUUGCUAACCAGCCAAUGUUUGCCCCACCGGGGGCUCAGCAGGGAAUGGCACCGCAGAUGAUGGUGCAUCAUCCCCAUCCUCAUGUAUUGCAGCACCCUCAGCCGUCGCCAAACAUGCAACAGAAGUCAUACUUCCAGCCACAACCGCCUCCGCAGUUCCAGCCGGGUAUAGCGACGAAUAACGGGAAUGGAAACAUGGGAAUGCCCAAGUAUGAGUCGCCUGUCUCUUCUCAGCCGCAUAUGUACCAGGCUAGCGUGACUGCUCCGCAGCAGCAGCACCCGCAGCAAAUCCAGAUGCAAAGGCAGAGUAUGGGCGGCGGGGGUGGCUCUAUCCAGAUGCCGCCUCAACAGCAGGUGCAGGGGGUCCGGACCGGGUCAGGGCCAUAUUUCGCGGCUGGAGGUCACAAUGGCGCCGUCGGGAGCGGGAGUUCUCCUGCUAAUACGGGUACGGGCAAGCAAACUGGGAACAGCAAUACGAAGCCCUCUUCUGCCGGAUGGGGAACUACCCGUACUUCGGCAUAUGAUGGGGCUGGCUGGGGAGAUGAUUUCGAUGAGGAUUAUAAGUAA